AAAUUCAACUUCGUCUCCAUAAACGCGCUUCUUCGUCUUUAAGAACUAUUCACCAUUCAAAUCCAAUUCCAAGAAUAAUAAUUAUCUUCCUUCUGCCUCCGUCAAUGGCGUCCGCGAAACCAACCGAUCAGAUCAAACAGCUCAAAGACAUCUUCACUCGCUUCGACAUGGACGGCGACGGAAGCCUCACACAGCUCGAGCUCGCCGCUCUCCUCCGUUCCCUCGGCAUCAAACCUCGCGGCGAUCAAAUCACUCUCCUCCUCAACCAAAUCGACUGUAACGGUAACGGUUCCGUCGAGUUCGACGAGCUCGUCGUCGCGAUUCUCCCCGACCUCAACGAGGAGGUGCUCAUUAACCAGGAGCAGCUCAUGGAGGUUUUCCGUUCGUUCGAUCGUGACGGUAACGGUCAAAUCACGGCGGCGGAGCUUGCUGGGUCAAUGGCUAAAAUGGGACAUCCGUUGACUUAUCGCGAGUUGACGGAGAUGAUGACGGAGGCUGAUUCUAACGGUGACGGUGUUAUUAGUUUUGAUGAGUUUGCGCAUAUCAUGGCUAAGUCCGCUGCUGAUUUUCUUGGAUUAACGGCUGCUUGAUUCUCUUAUGUUUGUUUUUGAUUAAAUUGAUUAUUUUCUAAUGUUCAGUUGUUUUAUUGUAUUAUGCAACCUUGAGUAAUUUAACAAUGGGCGCUAAUCUUCCCUCU